AAGAGAUAUGUCUUGGCAAUUAUGUCAUUUCUUGGAUUUAGCUUGGUUUAUGGCAUGCGAAUUAAUUUAAGCGUUGCUCUAGUUGAUAUGGUUUCAAAUAAAACCGUUCAUCGCCAUAACACAACUGUACAUAUGAAAGAAUUUGACUGGGAUACAACAAAGCAAGGCGUUAUCUUAGGAUCAUUUUUUAUGGGUUAUAUGAUCACACAAAUACCAGGUGGAUGGAUAGCUGGUUAUGCUGGUGGAACAAGGACAUUUGGGAUUGGAUUAUUAUUCACUUCUAUCUUUACUUUAUUCACUGCACCUGCUGCACGAUUGGAUUUUUUAGCCCUUAUAGCAAUAAGAAUUAUGGAGGGAAUUGCUGAGGGAUUUUCAUAUCCUGCAAUGCACGCAAUAUGGAGCGUUUGGGCACCAUCAUUGGAAAAGAGUAAAUUGACGACAAUAUCCAUGUCGGGAGCUUACUUUGGCACCGUCAUUGGAUUACCUCUUGCAGGGGAAUUAACUAAAAGAUUAAGCUGGUCAAGUGUGUUUUACUUUUAUGGAGUAAUUGGGAUCGUUUGGUAUAUCGUAUGGUUUGCUAUAAUUUACGAUCAGCCUUGUAAUCAUCCUACCAUAACACCUAAGGAAUUAGAAUAUUUACGUAAAACUACACCAUUAGGAGGUGGCUCUGUCAGUCCUAAAAGUCCACCAUGGAAGUCUAUAUUAGCUUCUCCUCCAUUUUGGGCUAUUUUGGUAGCUCAUUUUUGUGAAAAUUGGGGAUUUUAUACUUUUUUAACAACUUUACCAACCUAUUUUAGUAGAGUUAUCGGAAUGGAUAUUGAAAAAACUGGAUUUUUAUCGGCAUUGCCAUAUUUAUGUCUGAGUAUUACAUGCCAGUUAGGAGGACAACUUGCAGAUUAUUGGCGAAGUCGCAAUACUUUUACUACUACCACAGUUAGGAAGUUGUUUAAUACUAUAGCAUGUUUUGGACAAGCUAUCUUUCUCAUUAUUACCGCACAAAUGAAAUCCAAAGCUGCAGCUGUUGCUUGUGUUACUAUUGCAGUAGGGUUUUCAGGCUUUGGUAAAUCGGGAUAUCUUGUGAAUCACUUGGAUUUAUCUCCGAAGUAUGCAAGUUUAUUGUUGGGAAUGACGAAUUUCUGCGCUAGUAUUCCUGGCAUUGUCAGUCCAAUUUUAGUGGGGUAUUUAACAACUGAGGAGAAACCUGAACAAUGGACGAUGGUAUUUUAUAUAUCAUCUGCUCUAUAUAUCCUCGGUGGAGCAGUUUACUUCUUUUUCGCUUCUGGGGAGAAACAGCCAUGGGCUGAUGGUUACGAGUGCACAAAAUUUUAAAAUAUGUCUAUGAUCUAUAUUAUUUAACGAUAGCCAGUGUCUAAUUCCUCAGAUGACUUAUUCUACUAAUAACAAAAAUAUUAUAGCUUACCAUAUCAGUUGUACUUAUGGAAUUCCAAUUUCGAAUUGAUGAUUUAAAGAUUAAAAUAUCGCCGUGCGCAUAUCUAGAUGCAAUAAAUAUCACAU